UAGUGGAUGACGCCUGAAAUGUCAACAGUUAGUUAGACUUUCUUUCCCAAAUCAAAACCCGUCUCUUUCCAGAGCUCUGCGAAGUUUCUCAGACCUCGCGGCUCCAAACCCAUCACGAUCUUCACAAAUCCUUAGUGGGUUUUCCAUUUCAGCUCUCCAAGUUACUAAUAAUCUGUUAAAGUUAAGGCCUUAACUUUUUAUUUUAUUUAAUUCUGCUUCCUUAUUGGCUAAAUUUUUUGUAUGGUUCAUUUUCUUUGACUUGUAUUCUAGGUGGAGUGAUUAAUUACUUGAAGUUGAAGAUGCGUGCUUGUGUAGGCCAUGAUUAUCAGCUCACAAUUUCUAGAGAAUCUUUGAUUAUUUUUUUCUUCAAAGGAUUUUUUAAAUAAUCAUUAUGCACUAUUUUCAAUUAGAAGUAUAGGGUUGUUUUAUAGCUUUUCUCUUUUAAUAUUUUAAUAUUGACCAAUUGGGUUGGUGAACUCUUUGCACCCAAAUCAGCAAAACUUUUGAUUCUGAGUUGCUUGCCACACUUCAGUGGAAUCCUUGAAGUUUGAUCUCUCUUUUUUAUUUUUUAUAAAAGGAUGGCUUUGGCUUGCCAGGAAGUUCCGCCGUGGACCUUAGGUGUUAUUGUAGGAGCUUUUCUCGACCUUGCUCUGGCUUAUUUCCUGCUAUGUGUAUCUGCUUUUGUGUUUUUUGCAUCGAAGUUUUUGAAGAUUUUUUGGGUUUAUUUGCCAUGUCCUUGUAAUGGGUUCUUGGGGUAUAGAAACCGUGAUCUUUGCUUGCAUAAGUUACUUAUUGAUGGGCCAGUUGCAAAGAUCCGUGGUGUUCAGGAGUUGGUGAAGAGCAAGUUCCCUUUUGAUGUUGUUUGGUCUAAGGAUCAAAGGUCCAACUUGAAUUUGAAAUUGAUUAGAGAUGUGAAUUGUGAGAAUGGAGUUCAUGAGUUUGAAAGUGAAGCAUAUUCUAGUGCGUAUUCAAGUCCAAAAUUGCAAAAUCUGGUCGAUAGGGAAAGUGGGUAUGAUGCCAAGGGGAAGAGGAUUAUGGUUCUAAAGAAAAGGCCUGGAAUUCGGCGCUCUAGGAGGGCUGCUCCUGAAUAUGGAAAGCUUCCUUCUCCAUUGUCAAAUGAUAGUUCGAGGUCAGCUGCUCGUAUAUUCCCCUUUCCGUGUGAUGACAGAGAUACAAGAGAGACAUCUGGUGAAAGCUCAGUUGCCGUAGCUGGGAGAGAAGAUGGUUCUCAGGAUGAUGCAAAAGCACCAACUGGAGAUAAUAUGGAGGAAUGCCAAACUUCUAAGUUGAGUGGACCAGCUGGUGAGAGUAAGGGUGUGGACAUAAAAGAAAAGGCUCCUAUUCUUGGAAACGAAAUGGAUACAAUCAGGAUAUUGCAAGAAGCACUGCAAAAAGAGAAAGCUUCUUGUGCUGCUCUUUAUCUAGAGCUAGAGAAAGAGCGAGGUGCUGCUGCAACUGCUGCUGAUGAAGCGAUGGCCAUGAUAUCUCGUCUGCAAAAGGAUAAAGCAUCAAUAGAAAUGGAAGUGAGACAGUACCAAAGGAUGAUAGAAGAAAAGUUUGUUUAUGAUGAAGAGGAGAUGGAUGUUCUGAAAGAGAUUCUUCUUAGGAGGGAGAAGGAGAACCAUUUCUUGGAGAAGGAAGUUGAAGCAUAUAGGCAGAUGAGCUUUUCAGGAAAAGAACAAUGUAAUGGUGAUUUGAGUGAUAUGUUGCGUGAAUUAGGACAAAAGCCUUCACCUUCAUUUAAUACAGAUCCUCUAAUGAUGCUGCAGCAGACUGAUGAUGCUAAAUAUAACUGUAAGAAAUUCGGAGAUACUGCAGAUAGUACUUCUGAAUAUGAGGCUUCAUUUGUUGAAAAACAAAUCCAUCAUAAUGGGUAUGGUUCGAUUGAGAAAUGUGUUAUUUCAGCAGGGGAAGAAAAAGUACACACGGAUGAUGUAAUGUACCAAGGAAUGACCACUCAAGCAUCCCAGGAGAAUAUUGAUAUUGAGAAAACCUUAUAUUCUGAUGAUGAAGAGCAGCAGCAACGUGGGAAUCUUGAGAGCAGUUUGCAUAGUUCAAUGCUUGAUACAGAGCCAGCUGUUUAUGAUGUUCAUGUCGUUGAUGGUAAAACUGAACUUUGGAAAGAAGAAAGUAAAUCAUCAAUUUAUACUGCAUUGGAUGGAUCCCAGGAUCUGACUCCUACAUUUGGAGCUUCUGCAAGCAGUGAGUUAGUACAAGCUUUUCCAAGCACAAGCCAGUAAAUAGUGAAAGGUUGAAGAUUGACACUGAGGUUGAACUGCUAAUGGAAAGGCUACAAAUGCCAGAAGAGAGAAAAGAGAAGUUAGCUUCCUCUUCCUCUUCUGAGCAUGGAGAAAGGAAAAAAUCCCCAUCAAAGCUUUUGGAGGAGAUCAGGACUCCGCUUCGCAAGAUUCAACAGCUAAGAGAUCCUGAGCGCCAGGCUUCUUUACCUCCUUUGUCUUCUAAGGUGCAUUUGAAGAAAAGACGCUGCCAAACCACAUCCCUGUAAGCACUUGAAUCUGCAAGUUCCUAAAACGUGUACAGUAAUUCCCAGAUUUGUGAACAAUGUGAGGGCUGAUGCAUCAAGUCUGCAAUAUCUGAUUGAUGGUUGAAAAGGAAACUGUAAUUCCACUAUAUUUGUAUAUUUCCGCUGCAAAGGUUUGUAGUUAGAUUUUAGCUCUGUCGGUUGCUUGCUGUAAGUAACUUUUGUGAUUUAAAUUUUGAAUUUAGGGAAAAUGGAUCACAGCCAUGUUCUCAAGUGAUCUGUCCCACCUUGUCUUGUUGGCAAAUGGGUAGGAAGAGAAAAUGUCCCCCAAAUCAUAGCCACCACCAUAACUUAUGGGUCCGAAGGCUGCAGAUGAAUGUAAUUAUUGUCCUUUUAGCU